UUGUUUCUGAAUUUGUAUCCAUUUGUUUUGAAAUGUGUCCAUUUUCAGUGUAGUUCCUCCACCAUGCAGUUGCACAAGUGAGAUGUUGGUGUUGCACAGAUCCUAUAAGGGACUGCCUCCGAGAAAGGCAUGGUUAGCCAGUCUGUGGUUGGACCAGAGGCACUGAGAGAUAAGAAUCAUCAAAUAAAAAGUCUUCUUCUCUCGCUGCUCAGAAGCAGCGGCCAUGGCACGCUUCACCCCAGGAGCCAGCAUGCUGGAGGACAUCAGGAAGGGGAGUGCCGGUCUGGCUGUGUGCCCCACGCCGUCCCCCCUACCCUCCCUGCAGUCCAGAAGAGCGGCUCUGGAGAACAAGCUGGCGGGGGGCCUGGCAUCCGGCGCCCUGGACCCCAAGCCCAAUUUCCCUAAGAUCAGCAGCAGCAGCCCCACGGUGGAGAGCAGCGUGCAGGGAUUCCCCAAAUCCAGAGCCCUAGUGAACAGAAUUGAAAUUGCCAAGCAGGACCAGAACCCCCCUUUGAACAAGCAGCAGCCCUUCAGGCAAAAACCCCUGGAGCCGUCUGAGGACAAUAAGCCGAAACCACCUCCCAGCAAACCCCAGCUGAAGAAGCCUUCGGCAGACAACAUCCUCUUGGACACCAAGCAGUCCCUUCCCAAACCGUCCUACAUCAAGCCCCCUGCCAUCUCAGAGCGAUCCAAGAGUGAGGAUGCCGGGAGCACCAAUGUACCAGCUUCCCCCAAAAUCCCUCUUCUCCCCAAGCAGAAGAGCUCCGCUAUGAUGAUACAGUCCAAAGGGGGUACAGGGGAAUCUGCUGGGUUUAAGCCCCAUACAAGUUUGGGUCCGAGGUUCUCCGGUUCACAUACUGCUCAGGUCGCUUUGAUGAAGGAUGGCUGUGAAGCCGCUGAUGAUGCUGGGAGGGAGGGAGGCGUCAGACCCCCCUUGGCUCAAAAACCCUUGGCUGCACAGAAUCAUGGCUUUGUGAAGAGGCCCCUGGGGUCCACAUCUGGGAAAGAAGAGAACAGUGACCCCACUGCACCAAAAAAGAAAUCUCUGCCCGGUAUUUUUCUUCUUGGGAGUCCCCCUUCCAAGCCAAGUCGGCCACCCAAUGUCAGCCUUGGAAAGUUCCAGAAGGGUGCAGAUUCGGUGAAUGAUGACCCUGGGAUAAAGAAAGGAGGGCCUCCCCCGGUCCCAGCCUCCCGCCCUGGCGACUGCGUGGCAAACCCCUUGCCCCCUGGCCAAAGCCUCCCCCAUCGAUGCUCUGAAGCCAUACCCCAGCCUGACGUGGAUGACAACUAUGAUGAUGUUGGGGUGCUGAGCCAUCCUCCACCCUUGCCUUCUGGAGUGCCGUCUGCGCAGAAAAUAGAGGAGACUGACAGUGAUGAGGAGAUCUAUGAGGAUUUAGACGAAAGUUGGGCUUCAACGGACACAAAAGAAAAAGCGAAGAAGAACACGAAAGAAGAGAAGAAACGACUAGAACAGGAGAAGAGGGAACAAAAAGAAAGAGAGAAGAAAGAUCUGGAUAUCAGGAAGAGAUUUAAGCUGUCAGGGCCAAUCGAGGUGCUACACAAGGCAAAUGUCCGGGUGGAUUGCAAAGGGGGAAGGAAUGACCUGACCGUAAAGCAAGGCCAAAUCAUUGAAAUUGUCCGUGUUUUGGACAACCCAGGUGGCCGCUGGCUUGGCAGAGCACAGGAUGGGUCCUAUGGCUAUGUGAAGAUUGAAUCAGUAGAGAUGGACUAUGACAACCUAAGAAGGCAGCAUCAGGGAGGGCCACUCCCAAGCAAAGAGAAGGAAAGUCCUGAUCUGUACGACGAUGUGGGGGUCCUGGACGAUUUCAACAGUGGCCUUAAAGGUCAAGCAGUGGCUACAUCCAUAAUGCCAGAGGAGGAUUCUGACUAUGAUGAUCUCAAUGACUUAAACCUGAGACUACAGCUGCCGUCUUCGCCUCCUCCUCUUCUUUCUCCUCCUCUUCCUCACCCUCCUCCGCCACCACUUCUGGGCACUUUAGCAGGAAAUAGCGAUAAUGACAUCUACGAUGACGUGGACUCUGAAGGGUUCCCUCCAGCACCAAGAAUCAGCAACCUCCCACAGAUAACACCAAAAUGGAAGGCAGAGGAGAGAGACCCUAAAAAACAGAAGAGGUUUGAGAAGGAGGAGAAAGAAUUCAGAAAGAAGUUCAAGUUUGAUGGUGAGAUUCAGGUGUUCUACCAAGUGACCACCACAUCCACGUUCACCACUAAGAAAUGGGGGAGCAAAGACUUGCCACUAAAGCCAGGGGAGAAGAUCGAUGUCAUCGUGAAGCCCAGCGACAACAAGCUGAUUGGCAGGAACCAGGAGGGGAAAAUUGGCUAUGUUUCAAUCAGCAACAUCAUAACUGAAGAUGCUGAUAUUUAUGAUGGCGGUCAAGGGUGUAUCUACGACAAUGACUGAGCAACUGUACUCCUCCCAAAAAAACAAUUACUAUAUUUAUAUGUUAUGUUCUUGACUAUGUAAUACUGUACCUGCAGUAACCGAAGAGUUGAAGCCCUGUGUUAAAAUGAAACAUAAAGCAUUAAUAAGGACCAAUAAUUCACAUUUUUCUUGUUUUAUAUUUCUAAUAUACAACUGAACAUUGUUCUGUACAUUGCCUUAUCUUGAGUUGUUGCCCUGUCAGAGUACACGGUAGGCUGACCUGUUAGGUGGCAACCAUUAUGAAUAACAUGAAUGUGUAGUUGGGUGUACAAUGUAUAGUCGAGAUAUAUGUUUAUGCUCAUUUUCCACAUACAAAACUAAGUGAAUCAGCAUUAAAGAAGGAAGGAACAAUGAUAUAAUGCUUUGUUAAAAUAUUUUCAUGUAUAUAAUUAAGAGUUUGAAUGUACAUUUAGAAAAAAAGUUAUCAAUUUUAUUUAUUUGGCUACCAAUGGAAUCAUAUUUGUUAUUAAUCAUAAAGACAGCCUUGCUGACUUAAGAGUGCAACAGUGAUUCACUCAUAGGUGACAAAAUGGCAGUGAAAUGCUUAGCUUUUCCGUGGUGAAAAAUCCUGCUGCAGUAAUAGUGUUACAACAAAUUAAC